UAGACAGGGUCCACCCUGAACUGUUUGACAGCAAUGUAUUGUUGACAAAUCAUUAUUGCGUGUCAUGUUUCUGCAUCCUGUCACAUGACUGAUUUCCUGUAAACAGUACAGUUUGGGGUGUACUUUUCGGUCAGAUGAUGCACAUCAGACGUCUGCUUCACCCAGUAUAAUGUGAGCUGUUCAAACAGGACUUUGCACAACAAUGCUAAUGCUCGAUCAGCCACUGAGGAGCUUUGAAUAUGACUCAACGGUCCAAAACAGGAUAUUCUGACUGACACUGGGGAACUAACUUUUGUAGGGAAGGGUGGCUGCUGAGAAGAAAAUGUUUUCUGUGUGAAUACUUUUGCAGGAUGCACAUUAUUUGUACCUUUUGUUUAUUAACAAGCUAAUUGGGGGAAAAUGGAGGCUAAGGUCAGCUUCACAAGACUCUUAUCAGAAGAAACCAAUUGUUCCACUCUGUCGUCAGACUCCUGCGAGGAUUAUCAUAAAGAGUUAUUGCCGAGCAUGCAGGUUUUCCGGCCUGUGCAGAGCAGACAGGAUGUUUCAGAGGCUGAUAAGGGGCUUGGAUACAUGUCCAAAAGACCCAAGGACAAGAGGUCUACUCAGCCACUCAAGAAUCUUCCCAUGUGUAUUCAAGCAAAAAGGGAUGCCAGGAACAGAAGAAAGAUGCAAAAGAGCAAUAUUGGUUUCUGGGAGUCAUGGAGGCGGAGCCAAACUACCAAAACCAAGAGGGUGUGGUCUAAGUUGAGAGGAGUCGUUUCAAGACUGUUACCAUGGCAGCACACACUGCAUAUCAUUGAAGGCCGAUUUGGUGUGGGCGUAAAUGCCUAUUUUGUAUUCCUCAGAUAUCUGGUAUACUUGAAUCUAAUCCACUGUGCUCUCAUAUGGGCCUUUAUUCUGGGGCCUACAACAUUUUAUGGGAGAGGCAACAAAACAGAACCUUUAAGGUUUGGAGGCAAUGACUCAGUUCUGGAUUUCUUUCUGGCAUCGGGCUACCUGGACCGCUCUCCAGUCUUCUAUGGUUUCUAUACACGUGGUUCCCUCAAUCAUCCUUGCUUGAAUACUCCACUGCUGUACCUCAUCGGCAUCCUUGCUAUCCUCUUCCUCAGUGCCAUUGUGGAGAUUCAUAGAACAAUCAUCGGCUACAAGCACACAUGGAUGCUGGGAAAGCGUUUCAGAAUGAAUGUGAGCUAUAAAAUCUUUUGUGGCUGGGAUUUCACCAUCAAGGACGCUGAUGCAGCCGCGCUCAACAGCAGCUUCCUGAGGAAUGAUCUCAAGCUAUACUUGCAGGAGCAGCGUUUCUCCCAGUAUGAGGCAAGGAGGACAGUGUGGCAGCGGGUGCGUCUCUACCUGCUGCGGAUCAUCCUCAAUCUGCUCGUUCUGUCUCUCCUGGGUGGAGUGUUCUACCUCAUCUACUUUGCAAUCGAAACAUCACAGUCUAUGGCAAAGAACAAUCACUACUGGUUGGUCAGUCUCCUCCUUCAGUACCUCCCGCCGAUCACCAUCACCUUUGUUAACCUUUUCCUCCCUCACAUCUUCCAAAAGAUUUCAUUUUUUGAGGACUAUUCCUUCACCCUGCAGGUUAAUACCACGUUGGUGAGGAGCAUCUUUUUGAAGCUUGCCUCGCUGGGGAUAUACUUAUUUUUUGUGUAUACAACAACACAUGAGCAAUGCACAGAGAAUCAAUUUGGAAGAGAGAUGUACAAGCUCUGUAUCUUUAACUUCCUUGCGACCUUCUGCAGUGCCUUCCUCGUGAACUACCCCAGGAAGCUGGUGCAUGAGAAGUUCCGCUCAUCAUUACUUGGCCGCUUAUCAAGGAAGCAACAUUUCUCAGUGCCCUUCAAUGUGCUGGAUCUGGUCUAUAGUCAGACUGUGUCUUGGAUGGGCGUCUACUUCUGCCCUCUGCUGCCUCUGAUAGGAACUGUCACGCUGAUGUUGAACUUCUACAUCAAGAAGUUUACAGUCUUGCGAUGCUGUGUGGCAGAGCAGAGGAUGUUUCGAGCCUCCAACUCCUCGGUUUUAUUCCACUUCAUGCUGCUGCUCGGCCUUGUCAUGGCUGCCAUCACGCUGGGCUUCUCCUUUUUCCAGCAACAAACCCCAGCAGACAAAAACAUAUUGUUUCAACAUUCCCCCUGUGGCCCAUUUGGAAAUGGACAAAGUGCAGUUAAUGUGGUGAGAGUGUGUGUGCAAAGUCUUCCAAGCGUGGCACAAACCAUUAUCCACUACCUGACCUCUGAGUUCUUUGCACUGCCACUCAUACUUGCUGAGAUCAUGAUCUUAACCUCCUGCGUGUCUCGAGGACGGGCCAAUCAAAUGACUAUUGAGAGACUCAAAGAUAUGCUGGUUUUGAGCACUUCAGAUAAGCGUUUCCUGCUGAAAAAGAACGCACGGAUGCUCCGUCGUAACAGCAUGCUCUCUCUGCAUCCUGGGAGAAUGCCCACUCAAACCACAUGAACUGCACCUUUGGUCCUUCCUUCUACUGAAACUAAACCAUUUAACUUACCCAUACUGUAUGUGAGUAUUACAUAAUACUUUCUGCACAUGGUCUUGAUCAAGUCAAUUUAAAAAACAACGUAACGUAAUUUCUUUUAAAUAAAUGUAUGCUUAUACUGUACUAACUGUGCUUUGUAUAUAGUUUUGGAUGUGUUCAGUUAAAUAGAAAUAUUUUCAUAUGCUUGUGCUUUUGUAAUCCUUGUUCACAUUCAAAGAACUGAUUAUUAAAGCCAUGCGUGAAGCCAAA